UGUAGAAGCGGCUCUAGCAGCGGCAGCAGCGGCGGCAGGAGCCGGAGCCGGAGCGAGCUGGCCGGGAGGGAAAGGCAGAUUCAACCACUUCGGAAGUGAUCCUAAAGCAUGGAUGCAGGAGAUCGAGAGCAGGGAUCUUGAAACGCUUGCCUUUUGGUUGAACAAGAUGUUUCUCAUGGGCCAGCCGUCCCAAGACACCCUGCUGUGCUGUGGUGUGACCAGUGAAGCCCUUUUCAGCAAUAAACAAGGUUUUUCCACCAUGUUCGGAAAGAAAAAGAAAAAGCUUGAAAUUUCCAGCCCAUCCAAUUUUGAACACAGGGUGCACACAGGGUUCGAUCACCGAGAACAGAAAUUCACUGGACUACCUCAGCAGUGGCACAGUUUGCUUGCAGACACGGCCAACCGGCCAAAGCCUAUGGUGGACCCUUCAUGCAUCACGCCCAUCCAGCUUGCACCUAUGAAGACCAUCGUUAGAGGAAAUAAACCUUGCAAAGACGCGUCCAUCAACGGCUUGCUGGAAGAAUUUGACAACAUCUCGGUGACCCGUUCCAAUUCCCUCCGGAAGGAGAGCCCGCCCACUUCUCACCUGGACCACUCGAACCACUUGGAAAGUCACCAGCAAGAAAAUGGCUACAUCACAUAUUCUCAGUACUCGAGCGAGUCGGAUACUGGCGUGGACUUCGUGGCUGAAAAAUACAGAGACAAGAGCAUUCCCGGGGAAGAUUUCGACAAAUACUCCCGGAGCAGCUACGCUGCAAAACAGAACGGGCAUGCCAUGAAAAUGAAACCCAGCGAUAUGUAUUUUUUGGAAGCAAAGACUCUGAAAUCGGAUCUCUCUCGGUUCCUGCCGGAUUAUCAUGCUCACAUGGACGCGAAAAGCAGACUGAGCGACUAUGGUGGUCUGAGAUUGGAAUACCAGAGGGAGACGAGUUCUCUGGAUUACAAAGAGCCUUUUCAUUACACGCCCUCUAGAACUUCCCUUCACAGCCAGUGUUCAAGGGAGAGACUAGAAUACAGUGACAGCAAAUGGGGAAAGGACGAUUGUGACAAAAGACCCAAGUCAUCCUAUGUAAACCCGGCAAGCCCUCAACCAGCCAUGAGACAGAGAUCCAGGUCAGGCUCUGGUCUCCAAGAGCCAAUCGUACCCUAUGGAGCGAGUGCUUUUAAGUCCAGUCAGCAAGGGCAUUCCUAUAGUUCAUAUACCUACCCUCGGUUAUCAGAAACUGCAACAGGCGUUCCAAAGCUGGAUUACGAGCGGGCACAGCUGGUGGUCAGCCCUCCGCUGUCUGGAUCGGACACUUACCCCAGAGGCCCCACCAAGCUACUUCCAGGUCAAAGCAAGGUCGGCUAUUCUGGCAGCGGCUACCAGUACCCUGUGGUUUAUCACAAGUUCUCCCACUAUCACCACCAGCCUUCUCAGCAGCCGCCGAGCUCCCAUUACAUUUCCACGGCUUCUUACCCAAGUUCCCCGAGCAUCGCUUCCAGCACGUACCCCACCUCCAGCUGGGGCUCCUCUUCGGAUCAGCAGCCCUCCCGGGUCUCCCACGAGCAGUUCCGGGCGGCUUUGCAGCUGGUGGUGAGCCCGGGGGACCCCCGCGAGUACUUGGACAACUUCAUGAAGAUUGGAGAAGGCUCCACGGGGAUCGUUUGCAUCGCCACGGAGAAGCACACGGGGAAGCAAGUCGCUGUGAAGAAGAUGGAUCUCAGGAAACAGCAGCGGCGCGAACUGCUCUUCAAUGAGGUUGUCAUAAUGCGAGAUUAUCAUCACGAGAACGUGGUCGACAUGUACAACAGUUACCUGGUGGGAGAUGAGCUGUGGGUCGUCAUGGAGUUUCUGGAAGGCGGCGCUUUGACAGAUAUCGUGACUCAUACCAGGAUGAAUGAAGAACAGAUAGCGACUGUUUGCCUGUCUGUCCUCAAAGCACUGUCCUACCUGCACAAUCAAGGGGUCAUCCACCGAGAUAUAAAGAGUGACUCUAUACUUCUUACAAGUGAUGGGCGAAUAAAGUUAUCAGACUUUGGAUUCUGUGCCCAAGUUUCAAAAGACGUUCCAAAGAGGAAAUCCCUCGUCGGAACCCCAUACUGGAUGGCCCCAGAAGUGAUAUCUAGGCUGCCUUAUGGAACAGAAGUUGAUAUCUGGUCCCUCGGUAUCAUGGUAAUAGAAAUGACAGACGGAGAGCCCCCGUAUUUCAAUGAGCCUCCUCUCCAGGCAAUGCGCAGGAUCCGAGACAAUUUACCACCAAGAGUGAAGGAUCUGCAUAAGGUUUCCUCCGUUCUCCGCAGCUUUCUGGAUCUGAUGCUGGUGAGGGAACCUUCCCAGAGAGGAAUGGCCCAAGAAUUGUUGAGGCACCCCUUUUUGAAACUGGCCGGCCCCCCAUCCUGCAUCGUGCCCCUCAUGAGGCAAUAUCGGCAUCGCUAAGAGAAGGCAGUCUUUCUCUCUCUUUCUCUCUCUCUCUCUGUUGCACAGAAACCAGUGGGAAAACUCAAUACUGCGCAGAAAGCACUUGUGAGCGGCCCGGAAGAAGUCAUCAACCGCAGUAGAUGUGACGGAAUCCCUUCCAGACUUACAAAGGGAUCCCUUUGCGUCCUGAUCAGAUUGUCAGCAGCCCGAAUUCGUCCCCGGGCAGCACCCGCUGCAGUCAGAGAGUUUUCCAGCCUGCCGACUCGCAAAGCAGAAGGCUGUGAUUUGCAGCGCAACAGGAGGAGCACCUGAACUUUCCUUAGAAUCUGUGAAACGGCAUUUCUACUUCGGAAGAACACUUUCCCGACCGACACAACAAAGAAGCACCUUUUUAUCUCAGUUGUAGCAGCGUGACGUAUUUUGCAAUGAAUUUGUAAUUUUUUCUGUACAUGGCUUUUGAUAAUUUCCGGUACUUUGAUGUCAUGACGGUUGUGCUAGUUGAGGUCAAAGGUAUAAACUUAAGCAAGCAUUUGAGCGAGACUUUUUUCCUACUUUUUUAUGUCUUUUGAAGAGACAGGGACUCCAGGAAACUUUCACGGACUCAGUGUCGAGAAUUUAUUUUCCCAUCUGCCCUAGUACAUCUUCAUUUUGCAAGCGUUUCAACUGCAGAGCACCUGUCCCUCUUCUGAAGACAAUGUUUUAAGUAUUUCGGUAUUGUUCUGAAGAGCUAAGGACCUUGCAAAACGUGAAGGGCUGUUUCCCAUCGAUAUGUCUACCAUGUCCUUAACACAACUGUUGUCUGGUAGUUAGGUUGCAGAAAAUGCCACACAACUCAGCUGCCACAGAAGGUGCAGACAUGAAAGUCUGGUAAGAUUGUUACUUGAUAGCUGCACCCUGCAGGGCUGGUGGCCAGAGUUAGCGGAGUAGCACCCUCUCCUGUUGCCAGCAACCAUACGACUACCAGCAGUUAUACACUCGCACCAAGAACAGGAGAUUAUUUGGUUGCAGGAGGCCCCUCCCAUUUCGUGCUGGAAGAAAUGCCCUUGGCCCCUUCCACACGUGCGAAAUAAUGCACUUUCAAUCCACUUUCAGGGCACUUUGCAACUGUUCAGA